CUUCCGGGAGAAAGGGCUCUGAGGGCGUGUACUUCCGAGUUGUCGCUUCAGGACGCGGGGCGUGAUCUGUGAGGUUGGGAGUCGCGCCGGAAGAGCCAUGUCGGAUUCGGAGGAUUUUUCGUCGGAGGAGGAUGAGGAUUACCUGCCCUCAGGGGAAGAAUACAGUGAAGACGAUGUCAGCGAGCUGGUUAAAGAAGACGACGACGAAGUGGAGGCGCAGAAGCAGCAGCCAGAUGGGAAGAAACGCAAAAAGGAUGCUAAAGGAAUCGCACCUCGGAAAAGAAAGAAACAACACGGGCUUUUCUUAGACGUGGGUGAAGGAGAAUCUUCGAAAGACAAUAAAAGCGGCGAGGAGGAUGGUGAACUGGGAGAAAGUCACAAUGCACAUAUUAGCGAAAACGAGGAAAGGAAAAAGGAGGAGGCUUUGUGGGCCAGCUUUCUUACUGAUGUUGGCCAGAAACCCAAAGUUGUUUCCGCAGAACAAUCUCCCUGCAACCAGAAACACACGUCAGCUGAUGAGAAGAACGUGGGCAAGUCUCAAGGCGAAGCAAAGGAAACCGAGAGCAACAAAAUCACGGUCACCAAAGUGUUUGACUUUGCUGGCGAAGAGGUGAGGGUCACCAAGGAAGUCGACGCUGCUUCGAAGGAAGCCCAGCUCUUCCGGAAACAGCAGGAGCCACAGGUGGCAACCCAGACAUCUCCUGCAACUGUUUCGGGAGUGAAGCGGCCUAGUGGUAUUAACAGCCUCCUGGGGAAGAUUGGCUCCAAGAAGCAGAAAAUGAGCACGCUGGAGAAAUCCAAGCUGGACUGGGAGACCUUCAAAGAAGAAGAAGGCAUCGGCGACGAACUGGCCAUCCACAACAGAGGGAAAGAUGGGUACCUGGAGAGACGCGCCUUCCUGGAAAGAGUGGAUUACCGUCAGUUCGAGCACGAGCGAGAGAUCCGCCUGAGCAACAUGAAAUCCUGAUCCAUGGGCCGAAUCCGACUCUCCGAAUCCAGCCAUCUCCGGGUCUUCUCUCCCCCUGCAAUAGCCAAUAGGUGAACAGAGGACUUUGCCAGGCCAAGGGAGCAGCUCCGGGCAGCAGAUAGUUUAAACUGGGCGCGUCCCGUUGCCCGUUUCUCGGCUGGGGAAGGGGCUGCAAGGCCGAUUCCCAGCUGUCCACGUUUUUUGGGUAGUUUGGAAGAACACAGCAGACUCUGAUGAUGCAGUCACUGCCAUCCCCUCCUGCUUGCACCCGUCUCCCGGGCGCUGGUUCUGCAUGAUACCAGCCCUGGGAUCCCCACGUUGCUGGCACCCGUGGCCUCCUUGUGCCACUGAAAAGCUCCUCACACAGCACACACACACGCACACUGAAGUCUUACAUUGGAUCAGUCCAAUUGGGUUCUGGGGAGUAAAGUAGGCCUAUCCCACCUGCUUUCCUAAAAGACUUUCCCAUUCAGGAAUCCUCAGGUUUCCUCCUGUUUUGUUUUGUUUUUAAUUCCUUUUUUCCCAGGUGUUUGGGUUUUUUUUAAAGCAGCCCCUGCGAGCGCUCAGGCCCUGCAGGAGCCCCCUAAGAGCAGCCGUCUGCGUGGGAGGGAAGGAGGGAGGGAAGCCAGCAUCUCCCUUCUUGCCUUGAAUAAAGAGUUAAAACAGUU